AUGGAGUGGAUGUCUAGUGUGCUUACCUGGUUGAGUGUUUCUUUCUUAGCUUCUCUUCUUCUAUUAUUCACGUGGACUAAGGCCGCGAAAGGCUCUUCAAAACAGCGACCACCAGGGCCACCAGGAUGGCCAAUUGUUGGCAACAUGUUCGAUCUAGGAACCAUGCCACACCAGACCUUCUACAAAUUAAGGGCCAAGUAUGGACCUGUUCUCUGGCUAAAGCUUGAUUUAGUAGACACUAUGGUCAUACAAUCUGCCAAGGCUGCUGCUGAGUUAUUCAAGAACAAUGACCUUCCUUUCUCGGACCGCAAAGUUCCCAAGGCACUCACGGCCUUAGGCUACAACCAAGGAUCAUUGGCUAUGGCCCAGACUGGCGCAUACUACGACGACUCUGCUCCAUGGAGCUCUUGGCAAAAGUGCAUUGACAAGAUGGUCGAGUGGAUAGAGGAGGAUUCAGCAUCGUCGAGUGUCCAGGGUGGAUCGGGUGGUGUGGAACUAGUUAGGUUCCUUCACAUCAUGUCUUUCAACCUUGUUGGGAACCUUAUGUUGUCAAGAGAUCUCUUGGACAUGCAGUCUGUGGCAGGGCACGAGUUUUUCGAAGCCAUGAACAUGUUCAUGCAAUGGGCUGGGAAACCUAAUGUGGCAGAUUUUUUCCCCUUCUUGAAAUGGCUCGACCCACUAGGGAUCAAGAGGAAUAUGAUCCGCUAUAUGGGAGGAUGCAUGAAGGUUGUCGCUGGAUUUGUUGGUGAGAGGGUUCAUGAGAAGGAAUCAAGAAGAGAGAAG